AAGCGAAUUCCCAGGUGAUUCGAAUCAGAUCAAAGUUGAAACAAACACAAACGGGGCCUGAGUGGGGGCACACGGAAGCUUGGCAGAGCACGUGAGAAAUCCGGUAGGGAGUCAACGUGCGUCCGCCCCUGGUCCUGGUCUGCAACAACGCAGAGGAGCGAGACAGGAGGGCACGAUCUGCAUCACCGAGGCCGCCGGUCGGUUCCUGCCCUGCCUGCGACGCCACCUCUCGCCGCCCCCGGCGUCGCUCCGCCGCUCGCCCCCAUCUCCCAGCCGACUCGCGCGCGCCGGCCGAAAAGGGUAUCCCAUCAUGGAUGCAGCAAAGGACACAAACCCGUCAUGUAAACUCCACACAAGACUGAGACUCUGGGAGUUUGCAGACCGUUAUAUAUUUGAACCAAUUGAUGGUCUUGCUGACUUAUAUUUGUCAGUUAGCCGGGCCAGUGGAUCAAUGAAUUUAGUUGAAGAGUUGCCACCACGUAGCCCCUCCAUAAAUCCUAAAGUUCAAACAGUUUUUGGUGUGAUAGGAGUGCUCAAACUUGCUGUUGGAUCGUAUUUUUUUGUGAUCACUGACCGUGAUUGUGUGGGAUCAUACUUGGGGCAUGCAAUUUUUAAAGUGACAGGACUAAAAGUCCUUCGCUGCAAUGACUCGCUUAACACUUCUCCCGAGCAGCAGAAAAAAAUGGAAUCUGAAAUUUCCGAACUCCUGGAUGCUGCAGAGAAGACCAUGGGCCUCUACUUCUCCUAUGAUAUCAACUUAACACUUAAUUCACAGAGGCUGUAUGAUGUCGAUGACGAGUUCAAAUCACGUCCUCUUUGGAGACAGGCAGAGCCGAGAUUUCUGUGGAAUAGCUACUUGUUGGAACCUCUAAUUGAGAACAAACUGGACCAGUAUUUGUUGCCAGUCAUUCAAGGCAGUUUUCAGAAUAUCCAGGCAGAAGUUGGGUCAGAGAAGGUAAAUGUGACCCUGAUAGCACGUAGGUGCACAGGGAGGAUAGGUACUCGUAUGUGGAGAAGAGGAGCUGAUGCAGAGGGUUAUGCUGCAAACUUUGUUGAAUCAGAGCAGAUAAUGCAAUCAAAAGGCUAUACAGCAUCCUAUGUACAAGUUCGAGGUUCUAUGCCAUUCUUGUGGGAGCAGAUUGUUGAUUUGACAUACAAACCUAGCUUCGACGUUGUUAGACAAGAGGAAGCGCCUAGUGUACUUGAGAGGCACUUCAAAGACUUACAAAAGAAAUAUGGAGCUGUCUUGGCUGUUGAUCUUGUCAAUACACAAGGUGGUGAAGGCCGACUCCAUGAAAGAUAUGCAAAAUCUAUCGAACCAAUUCUCAGUGAAGAUGUAAGAUAUGUGCAUUUUGACUUCCAUCGUAUUUGUGGGCAUGUUCACUUUGAGCGCCUCUCACAGUUGUAUGAGCAAAUUGAGGAUUACCUGAAGAAACACAAGUACUUCCUGUUGAAUGAGAAAGGCGAGAAAAUUCAGGAGCAGCUCGGCGUUGUCAGAAAUAAUUGUAUUGAUUGUUUAGAUCGUACCAAUGUAACUCAGAGCAUGAUUGCGAGAAGAAUUCUGGAGAGCCAACUUCAACAAAUAGAAGUUUUUGGUGUUAACGAUACAAUAACCAAGUAUCCAGCUUUCGAUGCAAGCUACAAAGUUUUGUGGGCCAAUCAUGGAGAUGCAAUAAGCAUUCAGUACUCCGGAACUCCUGCUUUGAAGGGAGAUUUUGUUCGGUACGGGAAACGAAGUGCCCAGGGAAUUUUGAAUGAUCUCCAGUAUUCACUUGCUCGAUACUACUUGAACAACUUCGCAGAUGGGACGAAGCAGGAUGCCAUGGAUCUUCUUCAAGGACGUUACAUCACAUCUGUUAGUCGAGACAUGGCACCUCCAACAAAAGCAGGAUUUGUAGAGAGUUAUGCGUCCGCCCGCCUUGCUUUUGCAUUGGUUUCCGGAGCUUUUAUGUUCAUGAUGAUGUCACUGAGACAUGCUCGGCAUGACGCUCGUCAUUUACUGCUGUCACUUCUCUGGGCUGGUCUUUGUAUCGGGAUCACACACUUUGUGAGAAGCAAUGGCCGGGUGUUCACGAACCGGCCCCGUGCCCACAAGUCGUCACGCCCUUGAUGGAAGCAGGCGUGCGAUAGAUUAUCAUUCAUUCAUCAAACAAUGGCAGCACUCCACUUUUUUUGCUAUGUAAAGAAGAUGCAACUGGUGUCCACCCCUUUCUCAUGAAGAUUGUGUUCUAUAUCUAUCUAUAUGUAUAUUCUUUGUUCUUCAAGUCCAUACGUAAUCGAUUUAACGACCACUUGCAGUAUCGUCAGGACAUAGUUACAGUUUGUUGUGUAUUUAUUCUAAACUGGCAGAAUAAUGUUUGUCCAGAGCUUGUGCAGUUAUGCCAAUUGAGAAUUUUUUUUAUCAAAGCGGCGUACAAUUUGCAA